CCGCCAUUGCUGCAUGAAGAAGUAUCGGAUUUGGCGUUAGGCUGUCAACAAUAAACUUGCGGUGCCGGGACGCGGAGCUACGAGGUCGAGUGAAAGCUCGUCGGCUGCUCCAUAAACCAGUAGUCACCCCCGUCCCUCCCUGGACAACACUUUCAUAUGAAUACGGAGCCCACGGACGAGGCAACCAUGUCCAAUCUCAGCAAAGGCAGCACCAAGAAGGACACCAAAAUGAGGAUACGGGCCUUUCCUAUGACGAUGGAUGAGAAGUACGUCAACAAUAUCUGGGACCUUCUGAAGAAUGCCAUCCAGGAGAUACAGAGGAAGAAUAACAGUGGCCUGAGCUUUGAGGAACUUUACAGGAACGCGUACACGAUGGUGCUCCACAAACAUGGAGAGAAGCUGUACACGGGCCUGCGGGAGGUCGUCACUGAACACCUUAUCAACAAAGUACGAGAAGAUGUCCUCAACUCUCUAAACAAUAACUUCCUCCAAACUCUAAAUCAGGCCUGGAAUGACCACCAGACAGCGAUGGUGAUGAUCAGAGAUAUCCUGAUGUAUAUGGACAGGGUGUACGUACAGCAGAACAAUGUAGAGAAUGUCUACAACCUGGGUCUUAUCAUCUUUAGGGAUCAAGUGGUUCGCUAUGGCUGCAUCAGAGACCACCUCCGACAGACCCUGCUGGAUAUGAUCGCACGCGAGAGGAAGGGGGAGGUGGUGGACAGGGGGGCCAUUAGAAAUGCCUGCCAAAUGUUAAUGAUCCUCGGCCUUGAAGGGAGAUCUGUUUAUGAAGAGGACUUUGAGGCACCGUUCUUAGAAAUGUCUGCAGAAUUUUUCCAGAUGGAGAGCCAAAAGUUCCUUGCAGAAAACAGUGCCAGUGUGUACAUAAAGAAGGUGGAGGCCAGGAUUAAUGAGGAGAUUGAGCGGGUGAUGCAUUGCCUAGAUAAGUCCACAGAGGAGCCUAUUGUCAAGGUGGUGGAAAGGGAACUCAUCUCCAAACACAUGAAAACCAUCGUAGAAAUGGAGAACUCAGGCCUGGUCCACAUGCUCAAGAACGGCAAAACAGACGAUUUGGCGUGCAUGUACAAGCUGUUCAGCAGAGUUCCCAAUGGGCUGAAGACCAUGUGUGAGUGUAUGAGCUCAUAUCUGAGGGAGCAAGGCAAGGCUCUCGUGUCGGAGGAGGGAGAGGGAAAGAAUCCUGUGGACUACAUCCAGGGUUUGCUGGACCUGAAGUCCCGUUUUGACCGUUUCCUCCAGGAGUCCUUCAAUAAUGACCGACUCUUCAAACAAACUAUUGCUGGCGACUUUGAGUACUUCCUUAACCUCAACUCUCGCUCGCCUGAGUACCUCUCACUCUUCAUUGAUGACAAACUGAAGAAAGGUGUAAAAGGGCUAACAGAGCAGGAGGUGGAGUCCAUACUGGACAAGGCCAUGGUGCUUUUCCGCUUCAUGCAGGAGAAGGACGUGUUUGAGAGGUACUACAAGCAGCACCUGGCUCGCAGGCUGCUCACCAACAAGAGCGUCUCUGAUGACUCAGAGAAAAACAUGAUCUCAAAGCUCAAGACCGAGUGCGGCUGUCAGUUCACCUCUAAACUGGAGGGUAUGUUCCGGGAUAUGAGCAUCUCCAACACCACCAUGGAUGAGUUUAGACAACAUCUACAGACGACUGGGGUGUCACUUGGAGGGGUUGAUCUCACUGUGAGAGUCCUGACCACGGGAUACUGGCCAACACAAUCAGCAACACCCAAGUGCAAUAUUCCUCCUUCACCACGACAUGCAUUUGAAGUUUUUAGGAGGUUUUACCUUGGUAAGCACAGCGGCAGACAGCUCACACUGCAGCACCAUAUGGGCUCUGCAGAUCUAAAUGCCACCUUCUACGGUCCCAUCAAAAAGGAGGAUGGGUCAGAGGUCGGAGUGGGAGGGGCCCAGGUGACAGGCUCCAACACCAGGAAGCACAUCCUGCAGGUCUCCACCUUCCAGAUGACCAUUCUCAUGCUUUUCAACAACAGAGAGAAGUCCACCUUCGAGGAGAUCCAGCAGGAGACGGACAUCCCAGAGAGGGAGCUAGUGCGAGCGUUGCAGUCGCUGGCCUGUGGGAAACCCACUCAGAGGGUCCUCACCAAGGAGCCCAAGUCCAAGGAGAUUGAGAAUGGCCACGUGUUUACAGUCAAUGACCAGUUUACCUCCAAACUGCACCGUGUCAAGAUUCAGACAGUGGCUGCUAAACAGGGGGAGUCAGACCCAGAGAGGAAGGAGACGCGACAGAAAGUGGACGACGACAGGAAGCAUGAGAUCGAAGCUGCCAUCGUUCGCAUCAUGAAGUCUAGAAAGAAGAUGCAGCACAAUGUCCUAGUAGCAGAGGUCACGCAGCAGUUGCGAGCACGAUUCCUCCCUAGUCCUGUAGUCAUCAAGAAGCGCAUUGAGGGACUCAUUGAGAGGGAAUAUUUGGCGCGAACACCAGAGGACCGCAAAGUGUACACUUACGUAGCAUAAAACAAGUGAAUUCAAUGAAAGCUAACAUCGAGUUGAGAGAAACUGAGAGCCUUGUUUUUUUGUGGACUGCUAUGCGUUUGAAUGAACUUGGAAGUACUUUCAUCAUUGAUUCUGGGAAACACUGGGAAGCUUAACUUUUCUUCCAUAAAUUGUGUAAAAAAAAAAAAAAAUCAUGCGAAAGAUGGGGAA